UUUUCAUAUCAUACAGGUAUGAUCUAGUUUUAGUUAUCGUGCGAGUGCCCACAUUUGGGUAUCCUUUGUAUUUCUUCUCUAAUCGUGGUCAUCAGAACUAAGGAAUGGGUUCCCCAGUUAGAGCCCCACUGGAGACCUUCCAUGAGCAGUUCAUCGUGUUGAAGCCAAUCAGUAGGGGAGCAUUCGGGAAAGUUUUCUUGACAUAUCACAAAAAGCAUGACCAGCAUUAUGCAGUGAAAGUUAUGAAGAAAACCGAAAUGGUCUGGAAGAAUAUGGUGAACCAAGUUCGAGCGGAGCGUGAUGCAUUGGCCCUUCAACGGAGUCCGUUUUGUGUUCAAUUAUACUAUUCGUUCCAAAGUUCGGAUCACAUUUAUCUGGUGAUGGAGUACAUGAUAGGCGGUGAUCUGAAAUCUCUGCUUACGCAUUACGUGCGGUUUGACGAAGCGAUGACCACUUUUUACAUUGCAGAAAUUGCGUUGGCACUCGAUUAUUUGCAUAGGUACGUGCCGUUGAAUAUCAACGAAGCAUGCAUUCUUCUGACAGCUACACUUCGUUUUAGGCACGGGAUAAUUCAUCGAGAUGUCAAGCCGGACAAUAUGCUUGUCAAUCGAACGGGGCACGUGAAACUCACCGAUUUUGGUCUGAGCAAAAUAACGUUUUCCGAAGAGGUAAUCAAGCAGCUUGUCACAAGGACAAAAACACCUAGCGCGACGGCGACUGCAGCUUUCACGAGAACUCCUGGACAGCUAAUUUCCUUGACGGAGAGAAUUGGCUUUGGGAGUAGUGUGCGAAAAAAUCGCUCCACGGAUUCGUUCAUCAAUGAAACGAGCCUCAGUUCAUGCAGUGAUCAAGAAGUUGGGAAAUUGGUCUUCGAUACCAGCUCAUCAACGGAGUACUUCACACCUCCCGAUCGUUUCGACCACAAUUCCUCAUUGAUAUCCAGUAAUGUCUCAAGUCAUUCAGAUGUUGGCUUUUCAAGCAAAACAUCUUCUGCCUCCGUGGAAACAGUUAUGCUCACAACGGGAACCGUGCGUCACGACGAUUCCGCUAUUUUAAGCCAGAUUUCGAGGGGAAGCGGCGCAUCUGUGACAGACAGCGGCCACAGUAGAUGCACGUCUAGAUCCCAGUAUUCACGUUUCGAUGAUGAGAAGGAGAACGAAGACACCACUGCGCAUUCGGGUGUCACCGGUGAUUUUUCUCACCUCGCUAUGAGAGAAACGGCGGGUCAUGCCAGUCAUGUGCAUAGUGUGGGGAAACGUCGUGUCAGCUAUCGCGACGUACAUCACCUUAGUCCGAUCGCGGAAAGUCACCUCAACUCAAGUGCGCCUGUUUUUGGUAACCAAGGAGCUCUGUCUUCUGCCUCGUCAUCCUCGCCAGAAUUCACUGCACGUCCGGGCCAUUUGGCGUCAACGCCAGUGAAGUCUCCGAAUGAAACCGACGAUUCCGUUUUGCGAGCAGCUCCGUUGAGACGAAAAUUCUCGCACUACAGUUUACAAGCAUAUGAUCGAAAUGAUUUGCGUCCUAUGUCAAUGAUAGGAGAGAAAGAGGAUAAUGGUCGCGUGUUCCGAUCUCCUACCAGUGUCCAAGGGUUCGUCUCUGGAAAGCUGAACCACUCCUCCGCAUCGAUAAGUCCGAUCUCUAAAAAGGCCCGAUUGAAGACUCCUAAGAUCUCUAAGCAUACAUACAUGGACGACGAGAAAUUGCUCGGUACCCCUGAUUACCUUGCUCCUGAGUUGCUUCUGCGUCAAGAACACGGAAAAGCUGUCGAUUGGUGGUCUUUAGGUGUUUGUUACUACGAGUUCCUUGUUGGGAUCCCACCCUUCAACGAUGAAACGAUUGAAAACGUAUUUGAAAACAUUUUGAACCGAGAAAUUAUCUGGCCUCAGGAGGAUGGAUGUGUGUCGGAAGAUUCAAUCAAUGUCAUUGACAAACUCCUGACAUUGAAACAAUCCGCUCGUUUGCAGAGCCUAGAGCAGCUGAGGAAAAUGCCCGUGUUCAGUGACAGGGAUUGGGACCAUAUCCUUGAACACGACGGACCAUUCGUCCCGUGUCCCGACGAUGAAUGUGACACUGACUACUAUGAAGGUCGCAACAGGGCCCAGAAUUUGCAAGUGUCACGAGUGGAAUUCAGUCCGACCAUGAAACCACGGGUUUAAUUAAUUUUUAAAACCUUUUUGAGUGCUCAAGCGCUUGCCUUCUGUCAGGAGAACAAUAAUUGCGUGCCAUUUCAUAUUUUUUUGAUGCUUUUUCAUGACGAGAUGAAUCCAAUUUACCUGUCGGAAUUGCA